AUGACGUCAGGUAAUGAUGAGACAAUAUUUGGAUAUAAGCGUUAUCCCAAAUUUGUAUUGAAUCAACCGAAGUAUCCACAAAACACAUUUUUUGGUCGGUAUCUUCAUUUCUUGGAAGCAAUUGAUCCAAGAACACUGUUCACUUCGAACAAACAACUGGAAAAAUGCGUUAGGCUUUUGGAUGACUAUAAAGCGAAUGGUAUGAAAUCGUUGAGUAGUGAUCGAGAGUUAUGGGAGGCACAAAAAAUCAAAUCUGCAAUUCUACAUCCGGAUACAGGACAGAAAAUUCUACCGCCGUUUCGAAUGAGUGGUUUCGUGCCAUUUGGAUGGAUUACGGUAACUGGUAUGUUGCUACCGAAUCCAUCGUGGAGCACUCUUCUUUUUUGGCAGUGGAUGAAUCAGUCGCACAAUGCACUAGUCAAUUAUGCUAAUAGGAAUGCCACUUUGAAUCAACCAGUAUCAACAUAUAUCAAAGCCUAUUGUGCUGCUGUUACAUCAGCAUGUUCAAUUGCAGCUGGUUUGACGUAUUUGAUAAAACGAUCUGAUAAGUUAUCAUUAUCGAAACGGAUUAUUAUACAGCGUUUCAUCCCAUUACCAGCCACAUCUCUCGCAAGCAGUUUCAAUGUCAUUUGUAUGAGAUAUAAUGAAAUUAACUCUGGCAUUGAAGUUUAUGAUGAAAACCGAAAUGUCAUUGGUAUUUCGAAAAUUGCUGCCAAACAAGCCGUCAUUUCAACAACAUUAACACGUGCGUUUCUCCCCAUUCCUCUUCUGCUUGCACCACCGUGCAUAAUGCCCUUCCUUGAGAGAUAUUCAUUUGUGACUCGAAAUGCUGUGCGACAUUUGUUGGUGAAUGCGUUCGUUUGUACACUUAGUUUCGCAUUCAGUUUGCCGAUCUCAUUAGCACUCUUCCCUCAAGAAUGUGCCAUUCCCGUACACAAUUUGGAAACAGAGCUGCAGAAGAAGACAACACAGACGACGGCGUACUAUAAUAGAGGCUUGUAG